AUGGCAGACAAGUUUGAGGCCCUUGAACAAAGUCUGGAGAUGUUCAUUGAAAAUACCCGUCAGAUGGGAAUAAUCGUCAGUGAUUUCCAGCCACAAGGACAGAAUGUUCUUAACUCCAAAAUAAAUUCAAUGAUCUCCGGAAUGCAAGAAAUAGACAAACAAAAAUCAAAGGUGCAAGACGUUCAAGUGCCUUUAGAAGUAUUUGAUUACAUUGACCAGGGAAAGAACCCUCAGCUCUACACUAAAGACUGCAUGGAGAAAGCCUUAGGAAAGAAUGAAGCUGUCAAGGGGAAAAUUGAUGCCUACAAGAGAUUUAAAGGUCUACUUCUGGUUGAACUAAGUAAAGUAUUUCCAAAUGAGAUGGCAAAGUACAGAGCAAUACGGCCGGAUGAGAGACCUACAUGAACAGACUUUACAAAGGAAAUUGUGGAUCUAAAACCAUGAAGCAGACAUGCCAGAGUGAAAUGGAACGUGCAAUGAUUUACAUGGAUCCUAAAAUUGUGCAUUCAUUGUAAAGGUACAUGUGUCUUUAGGGAUAGACAUUGAACUUGAAUGGCUUGGUUGACUGCAAUGAAUUUGCAAUCAGGACAUACAUUGUAUCCUUGGAUUUCUGGCAUGUUAAACCAUAUGUCUGUUUACGUCUUGGUGAAACCAGUCCUCUGGUCAGCAAAAUUAACUCGAAAUGAAUUGUCCAUCAGCAAGUGUGUUUGGCAUCCUUAGAUUUCUGGCAUGUUAAACCAUAUGUCUGUUUACGUCUUGGUGAAACCAGUCCUCUGGUCAGCAAAAUUAACUCGAAAUGAAUUGUCCAUCAGCUAGUGUGUUUGGCAUCCUUGGAUUUCUGGCAUGUUAAACCAUAUGUCUGUUGACGUGUUGGUGAAACCAGUCCUCUGGUCAGAAAAAUUAACUCGAAAUGAAUUGUCCAUCAGCAAGUGUGUUUGGCAUCCUUAGAUUUCUGGCAUGUUAAACCAUAUGUCUGUUUACGUCUUGGUGAAACCAGUCCUCUGGUCAACACAGUUAACUCGAAAUGAAUUGUCCACCAGCUAGUGUGUUUGGCCUGCAGAGGUGUAGGAUGUGCUGCAGGCAUGGGAGCCAGUGCUGCCACCCGCCACCUUGAUGUGCUGGGUGUGAGCGAGUGUCACAAUUCCUGAUGAUGAAGAGACUACUAAAAAACUUGUUUGCUGUGCAAAUCAUUGUGGUUGUGACUCUAUUGCUUGGUAAAGUUAGGGUUCUUCGCAUUAAAGGAGUUUUAGACUACAUGUAUAUUUAUAUUUGAACAAGUGCUUCAUUAUCUAAAGACAUGCAAAAAGAUAUGAAUUUGUCCAAUAUAAUUUUGGA